GGGGCCGCCGCGGCGGAGCCCGAGUUGUGAAAAUGGUUUGCAUAAUCUUGAACACGUACUCUCUGUGCUGAUGGGACAGGAUCCAACAUGAAUAUACAUGAUGGAGGAAGAAGACGCUUUGAGGAUAACGAACAUACAUUACAUAUAUAUCCUGGGACAAUUUCAGAAGGCACAAUCUACUGUCCCAUUCCUGCCAGAAAAAACUCCACAGCUGCUGAGGUGAUUGACUCUCUUAUUAACAGACUUCAUCUUGACAAAACAAAAUGUUACGUUCUAGCGGAGGUAAAGGAAUUUGGUGGAGAAGAAUGGAUCCUCAAUCCAACAGACUGUCCAGUUCAGAGAAUGAUGCUCUGGCCCCGAAUGGCUUUGGAAAAUCGUCUCAGUGGGGAGGACUACCGCUUUCUUUUGAGAGAAAAAAAUGUUGAUGGUUCAAUUCAUUAUGGCAGUCUUCAGUCAUGGUUACGGGUAACAGAAGAACGACGUAGAAUGAUGGAACGGGGUUUUCUUCCUCAGCCUCAACAGAAAGACUUUGAUGACUUAUGCAGUUUGCCUGAUUUAAAUGAAAAAACUCUCUUAGAAAAUCUACGAAAUCGCUUUAAGCAUGAAAAAAUUUAUACCUAUGUUGGCAGUAUUCUUAUAGUUAUUAACCCAUUCAAGUUUCUUCCUAUUUAUAAUCCCAAAUAUGUCAAAAUGUAUGAUAAUCACCAAUUGGGAAAACUUGAGCCUCACAUUUAUGCUGUGGCUGAUGUUGCUUAUCAUGCAAUGCUUCAGCGCAAAAAGAAUCAGUGCAUUGUGAUUUCUGGAGAGAGUGGUUCUGGGAAGACUCAAAGCACAAAUUUUCUUAUUCACCACCUUACUGCUCUCAGUCAGAAAGGAUUUGCCAGUGGAGUAGAACAAAUCAUUCUUGGAGCUGGACCAGUACUUGAGGCCUUUGGAAAUGCAAAGACAGCUCAUAACAACAAUUCAAGUCGCUUUGGCAAGUUUAUUCAAGUAAAUUACCAAGAAACAGGCACUGUACUUGGUGCUUAUGUUGAAAAAUAUCUAUUGGAGAAGUCCAGACUUGUCUAUCAAGAGCACAAUGAACGGAACUACCAUGUAUUCUAUUACCUCUUGGCAGGAGCAAGUGAAGAAGAGAAAUUAUCAUUCCAUCUUAAAGAACCAGAAGAAUAUCAUUAUCUCAAUCAGAUAACAAAGAAACCCCUCAGACAGAGCUGGGAUGAUUAUUGCUAUGACUCUGAGCCGGAUUGUUUCACUGUGGAGGGUGAAGAUUUGAGGCAUGACUUUGAACGCUUACAACUAGCCAUGGAAAUGGUAGGAUUUCUUCCCAAGACACGAAGACAGAUUUUCUCUCUUCUCUCAGCAAUACUACAUUUGGGUAAUAUUCGUUAUAAGAAGAAGACUUACCGGGAUGACUCCAUAGAUAUUUGUAAUCCUGAAGUUCUACCUAUUGUAUCUGAAUUAUUAGAAGUUAAGGAAGAGAUGCUAUUUGAAGCAUUAGUUACAAGGAAGACCAUGACAGUGGGAGAAAAGCUUAUUUUACCAUACAAGCUAGCAGAGGCUGUGACUGUGAGGAAUUCCAUGGCUAAGUCUUUAUAUAGUGCUCUGUUUGACUGGAUUGUUUUUCGGAUUAAUCAUGCACUUUUGAAUAGUAAAGAUUUGGAACAAAACACCAAGACGUUUUCCAUUGGUGUUCUUGAUAUUUUUGGCUUUGAAGAUUAUGAAAAUAACAGCUUCGAACAGUUCUGUAUUAAUUUUGCUAACGAACGUUUACAACAUUACUUUAAUCAGCAUAUCUUUAAAUUGGAACAAGAGGACUAUAGAACUGAAGGUAUCAGCUGGCACAAUAUAGAUUAUAUUGAUAAUACCUGUUGCAUAAAUCUUAUUAGUAAGAAGCCAACAGGACUGCUCCAUCUUUUGGAUGAAGAAAGCAACUUUCCACAGGCUACAAAUCAAACAUUGCUAGACAAAUUUAAACAUCAACAUGAAGAGAAUUCUUACAUUGAAUUUCCAGCUGUGAUGGAGCCUGCUUUUAUCAUAAAGCAUUAUGCUGGGAAAGUUAAAUAUGGUGUAAAGGAUUUUCGAGAAAAAAAUACAGAUCACAUGCGUCCAGAUAUUGUAGCUCUUCUGAGAAGUAGCAAGAGUGCAUUUAUCUGUGGGAUGAUUGGAAUUGAUCCUGUAGCUGUUUUCCGAUGGGCAGUACUUCGAGCUUUUUUCAGAGCCGUCAUUGCUUUCAGGGAAGCUGGGAAAAGACACAUACGGAGAAAAUCUGGACAUGAUGAUUCAGUGCCGUGUACAAUUUUGAAAAACAUGGAUAGUUUCAGCUUUCUCCAACACCCUGUCCACCAGCGGAGCUUGGAGAUUCUACAGAGGUGCAAAGAAGAGAAGUACAGUAUAACACGGAGAAAUCCCAGAACACCACUCUCUGAUCUGCAGGGCAUGAAUACUCUAAAUGAAAAAAACCAACAGGAUACAUUUGAUAUUACCUGGAAUGGCAGAACUGGGAUUCACCCGAAUAGACUAUCAAAUAGCUCCUCUCUGCUUGAUAAAGAUGGAAUAUUUGCUAAUUCAAGUAGCAGCAAGCUCCUGGAGAGAGCCCAUGGAAUUCUCACGAGAAACAAGAACUUGAAACCUAAACCUGGCCUUCCAAAGAACUUGCUAGAGAUAAAUUCCUUAAAACACCUGACCAGACAGACACUACAGGAUCGCAUUACAAAGUCUCUUCUUCAUUUGCACAAGAAGAAGAAACCUCCUAGCAUCAGUGCCCAGUUUCAGGCUUCAUUAAGCAAGCUAAUGGAGACACUUGGUCAAGCAGAACCAUAUUUUGUAAAAUGCAUUCGCUCUAAUGCUGAAAAGCUACCUUUAAGGUUCAAUGAUGCAUUAGUGCUUAGACAGCUUCGGUACACUGGGAUGCUGGAGAUUGUUCGAAUUCGUCAGUCAGGAUACAGCUGCAAAUAUUCUUUCCAGGACUUUGUGAGCCAUUUCCACGUGCUACUGUCCCGCAAUAUUGUUCCGUCCAAACUUAAUAUUCAGGAUUUCUUCAGGAAAAUAAAUCUUAAUCCAGAUAAUUAUCAAGUUGGAAAAUCCAUGGUCUUCUUAAAGGAGCAGGAACGACAGCAUCUACAAGAUGUGCUUCAUCAAGAGGUACUCCGCAGAAUCAUAUUGUUGCAGCGAUGGUUCAGGGUCUUGCUGUGUAGGCAGCAUUUCUUACAACUGAGACAAGCAUCCAUGAUUAUCCAGCGUUUCUGGAGGAAUCACCUAAAUCAGAAACAAAUUAGAGAUGAAGCUGUGCAACAGGAUGCUCUAGUGAUAGCUAGUGCAGCCACUCUUCUCCAAGCUUCCUGGCGUGCUCACUUAGAGAGGCAACGAUUCUUGGAGCUCCGGGCUGCAGUGAUUGCCAUUCAGCGGAGGUGGAGGGAAUAUUCUAGGCGGAGGCACUCGGCUGCUACCUACCUACAGGCAAGAUGGAAAGGCCACAGAGAAAGUAAGAAGUAUCACCUGUUAAGGAAUAGGAUUAUUCUUUUGCAGUCAGCAUGUAGAGGAUUCAGAGCAAGACAAAGAUUUAAAGUUUUAAGAGAACAAAGAGUGAAAGAAAUGAAACUAAAUUUUGGAUUGGAGACUACUGAGCCAUCUGGACUUCUUGAAAUUCAGGGUUCCAACCCUUCAGAAUGGGAGGAUUGCUCCUUUGACAACAGAGUAAAAGCUAUAGAGGAAUGUAAGUCUGUGAUAGAGGGUCAUCGCAUUAAAUAUGAAAGUUCAGAGGACUUGAAGGAGUCCCCAAAUAGCCACCAUGAGAGAACUAGAAGCCAGAGUGGUAUCAGCUUGCAGGAUGAUGUGAUUGUAAGAGAAAGACCUAUGUCCCUGGAGGAUCUUCACCAGAAAAAAGUUGGUCGAGCCAAAAGAGAAAGUAGAAGAAUGAGAGAACUAGAACAAGCUAUUUUUAGCUUGGAACUGCAGAAAGUUCGUUCUCUUGGAGGUGUUUCUCCUUCAGAUGAACGUAGGUGGUCUACAGAACUGAUUUCUGAGGGCCCUCAGUCUCAACGUUGUACACCUGAUAGUGAAAGCUCUCAAGGGAGUUUGGAACUUCUGACUUACGAAGAAAAUCAAAAAAGCCAACCAGAUGAUGAGGGCUUACAGUCUCUGUCACCCAAGAUACCAAGCAGCCCAAAAUUUGAUUCACAAGAUAAUACCCUUAGCACCUCAAGUGAUACUAACUCUAAGGGGGCACCCUCUGACUCAGUUCCUUUGAAGAAUGGAUCUAGGAAGGAAAAACUUGUUAGUUCUUCUGAAUCUAUUACAUGUAAGCCACAUGUGAGAGACUCCUUUAUUUCAAAUAGUCUGCCUACUUUUUUUUAUAUCCCUCAACAAGAUCUACUGAAAACCAGUUCCCAACUAGAUACAAGCAUUCAGAGAAACAAAGAAGAGGUACUUCCAACUCUUUCUUUGGAUAUCAAUAGGGAAGGUAGAAAGUCUCACUUCUCCGGAGAAAAUCUGAUUGUUACUUCUUUGAAAACGGAUUCUUCUAAUACCGUGCUUAAGAAGUUAGAAAAGCUAAACACUGAGAAGGAAGAAAGGCAAAAGCAGUUACAGCAGCAGAAUGAAAAAGAGAUGAUGGAACAGAUUCGACAACAGACAGGCAUUUUAGAAAAGGAACGUAAAGCUUUUCAGACAGUUGAAAAGCGAAUUGGGGAAACUCUCCUGCCAUCACCUUUUCAUCAAUCAAAGCAAAGAGUAGAGAGACCUUCCUCUCUCUUUAUCCUAAAUCCUGUAAAUAAGGAAGAACCCAGUGUACUAAGGCCUUCAUCAGUAACUGUAAAAGAUGCAGCUCUUUUUCCGAAAGAGAGUCCCUCUUCUCACAUGCCCCUGGAAGACCGACCUGUCACCCUGUUUUUUGAAAGAAAAGAAGGUUCCUGUCAAUAUAACACUAACAAAGAAUCACAGAAGGCAUAUAAAAUGUCUACUCAGCAGAAUGUAUCCUCUAAACGCUCUAAUAAUCGCGUUUCAAAAAGAGAACAUUUUAAGUCAUCUCAGUCUUACAGCCGCAAGUCUGAUGACCCUUUCAGAAGUGAAACUACUAGGGCCAUUUUCUUCACACCAAAAGAUAAUAUGAAUACUUCCCUUUUAAGUAAAGAAGACUUAACCAGUGCAAAUCCCCAACCUCAUAAAAUAAAUGAACCAGCUUCGAAGCCUAUGAAAUUUUGUGGGCCAGGUCAAGGAGAGGUUGCCAGACCGGCCCAUAAAAAGAAAGCUCGAAUGGCGCGGACGCGCUCCGAUUUCUUGACUAGAGGUACUUUUGCCGAUGGGGAGGGGGACACAGAGGAAGAUGAUUACGAUGACAUAAUUGAGCCCCUACUCUCCCUUGACCAAGCCUCUCACUCUGAGAUAGGACCUGCAUCCAGCCUGGGUCAGGCCUCUCAUAGUGACUCCGAAAUGACAUCACAACGAUUUUCUUCAGUUGAUGGAGAAACAAAGCUUCAUAAGACUAUGUCUCAAGGAGAAAUUGCACAAUUGUCAAUAAGACAAAAGACUUCAGAUCUAAGUAGACCACCGAGAGCUAAAAUGAGAUUCUGGGCCAAAGGGAAACAAGGGGAGAAGAAAACUACCAGAGCAAAAUCUGAUAUUCAAACAGAGGUUUCAGCACUUUAUUCUGGGUCUGAUAUGAUCCCAGCUCAUCAAUAUUCAGAUGAAUUAUCUCAGAAUCAGUCAAUACCUCCUUUGAGUCCAGAAUUGCCUGAUAGUUCCCGUAAGGAGUUUAAAGAGAACAAAGAACCUUCUCCAAAGGCAAAGCGUAAGGGAAGUGUCAAGAUCAGCAAUGUGGCUUUAGAGUCUGUACACUGGCAGAAUGAAUCUGUCCAAAUCAUAGCAAGCGCCAGUGAUUUAAAAAGCAUGGAUGAAUUUCUUCUGAAAAAGAUGAAUGACCUAGAUAAUGAAGACAGCAAGAAAGAUACACUAGUUGAUGUUGUAUUUAAAAAAGCUCUGAAAGAAUUUCGGCAGAAUAUCUUCAGCUUUUAUUCAUCUGCAUUGGCAGUGGAUGAUGGGAAAAGCAUACGGUAUAAAGACCUCUAUGCACUAUUUGAACAGAUUCUGGAAAAGACCAUGCGACUUGAACAACGUGAUUGGAGUGAAUCUCCAGUGAGAGUUUGGGUCAAUACUUUUAAAGUAUUUUUAGAUGAGUAUAUGAACAAAUUCAAGACUUUAGAUUAUAUAGCCACAAAGGUGCCGAAAACAGAAAGAAAGAAAAGAAGGAAAAAAGAAACAGAUAUGGUGGAAGAACACAAUGGCCACAUCUUUAAGGCUACACAAUACAGCAUCCCUACAUACUGUGAAUACUGUUCUUCUUUGAUAUGGAUAAUGGAUCGAGCCUCUGUUUGUAAAUUGUGCAAGUAUGCUUGUCAUAAGAAGUGCUGUUUGAAAACCACAGCUAAAUGUUCCAAAAAGUAUGAUCCCGAGCAGUCUUCUCGACAGUUUGGGGUUGAACUGUCUCGUUUGACCAAUGAAGAUAGAACAGUUCCUUUAGUUGUGGAAAAGCUCAUAAACUACAUUGAAAUGCAUGGACUUUAUACAGAAGGUAUUUACCGAAAGUCUGGUUCAACUAAUAAAAUCAAAGAGCUUCGACAAGGUUUAGAUACAGAUGUUGAAAGUGUAAACCUAGAUGACUAUAACAUACAUGUUAUUGCAAGUGUAUUCAAACAAUGGCUUCGGGAUUUGCCUAAUCCACUCAUGACCUUUGAACUUUAUGAGGAAUUUCUUCGAGCUAUGGGCCUUCAGGACAGGAAGGAGACAAUCCGUGGUGUAUAUUCUGUGAUUGACCAGCUCUCCCGAACUCAUCUCAGUACACUGGAACGCCUUAUAUUUCAUCUAGUCAGGAUUGCUCUACAGGAGGACACUAAUCGAAUGUCUGCUAAUGCUUUGGCCAUUGUGUUUGCUCCCUGCAUUCUCCGGUGCCCAGACACCAUUGAUCCACUACAAAGUGUUCAGGACAUCAGUAAAACUACCACCUGUGUGGAGCUGAUUGUUGUGGAACAAAUGAAUAAAUAUAAAGCUCGUCUCAAAGACAUAAGUAGCCUGGAAUUUGCUGAGAGUAAAGCAAAGACCAGACUAUCACUGAUUCGUAGAUCAAUGAAACCUGUACUAAUUGCAGUUAGAUUUAUGAGCAUUACCCGCAGUUCAGUUUCGGGAAAAGGACGACUCCGUCGAGGAAACUGUCAAAGUCCAUCAUCUCCUGUUGUUCGAUUGCCCUCCAUGUCUGAUGUCCCAGAAGAUACUUUGUCUAGUGAGGCAGCUAUGGACAGUGACGUCACAGAACAACAGCAAGCUGCCAUGCAGCAAGAGGAAAGAGUACUGACGGAGCAGAUUGAGAAUCUGCAGAAAGAAAAGGAGGAGCUAACAUUUGAGAUGCUUGUACUAGAACCCCGUGCCUCUGAUGAUGAAACCCUUGAGUCUGAAGCCUCCAUUGGUACUGCUGAUAGCUCCGAAAAUCUGAAUAUUGAGUCUGAAGAGACCAUCUCUGAAAAAUCAGAGAAAAAUUUAGGCCUUAGCUCCAUAAAGGCAGCUUGCAAAUCUGAACCUUCAAGCAAGUUACGGAAGCAGCUAAAAAGGCAUCAAGACUCUUUGGAUUCAGUGGAUUCAUCAGUCUCUUCUUUUUGUCCAUCUAAUAUUUCAUCUUCUCAUGGGACCAGAAAACGAUUUCAGAUUUAUUCCAAAUCUCCUUUCUACCGAGCUGCCUCAGCUGGUGAGACCACAGCAAUGGAAGGGCCAUCGAGCCAGACCAAAUCCUUGGAAGACAGGCCUCAAUUCAUCAGCAGAGGAACCUUUAACCCUGAAAAGGGAAAACAAAAAUUAAAGAAUGUGAAAAACUCACCUCAGAAAACCAAAGAGACCCCCGAGGGGACAGUUGUAUCUGGUCGCAGGAAAGCUGUGAAUUCAGACAGCAGCUCCACUCAACAGCUAGCUCUCUUUGGAAAUAACGAGUUUAUGGUCUGAAAUAACAGAUGUGUGUCCCUUCAUGGCUACAGAAUGGUAAACAUCUCAUCUUUGGAGCCUCUUCACAUCAACUCAUCCAUGGUAGUUCAUUCUAGUUGUGGUUCUGCUUUUUGCCCAAACAUACAAGGAAGACCUUGUGUGCUGAGUUCCUGGGCCUCUGCAGAAGUGGAAAAUUCUUUCAAGCCUGCUAGGGAUGUGCCAGCUGUGCCUUGGCUGCUGUAUUUGACUAGAUUUCACUAAACAUAGGGCUUGGGGAGUUAAGUCGUUGUGGAGACCUUUUUGUUGGCCUCUUCUCCAUCUUUUCCCUUCCUAGCGGUGGUUCUUGAACUGAGGGGUGGCUAUUGUGGGCCUGAGGGACCCACUGAUUCCUGACAUUUGAAGAAAACAUAAAUUUUUCUUAACCAUAAAAGCAAAAGCCUUGGGUUUAUUUUGGGAUAAUUAGGAGCUGGUGUAGGAUAUAAUUUUUUUCCAAGAGUUUAUAAACAAAAUGCCUAAGCCCUCUAUUUUGAGAUUUUUGGAAAACACUCCAUGUUAUAUUCUGGGGAAAGUUUAAAAAAAAAAGAUUAUUUCUAGUAAGCCAUUAGAGCCUGUCUCAGACAUCUAAUUACACAGUGACAAAGAAGAUGUGUUUUGCUUUUUAGUGACAUUUGAUGUCAAGUUAAUCGAUGCUGAUCUGACUUCUGGUUAGUUCCUGCGAAGUACAUUGCAGGGACUGAAGUUCCAGAUGGCAUAAUCUCCUCAUAGUCUGUCUCCUAGGUUCACACUCCCGGUUUUUUAAGUCCCAGUGACAUGAUGACUGCCGAACAUGAGGGUUUCAUUUUAAUUCAUUAGGCUUUUUCUCUUUAUGUAGAUUAAAUGAAAUCAUACAUGAAUAGGUGAAUUCAUCUGCUGGUGAAUUUCUACCACAAGCGCAACCACAUAAUGUACCAUCUAAUCAUUUUUUCCAAAACAUUCACAGGCUAUACUGCAUGAAAAAGUAUUAACAAAAACUGCCAAAAAAUGAAAGAAAAGUUUUUAAUACAACCCAUCUAACUUUUGUUUUCUUUUCUCAGACCAUCAGUAUUAAAUAGAUUAAAAAAUAAGGACUACUUGAAGCUAUUUUUGUUAAUAUUCUGGUUACUGAAGUUUACUGUAAAUAUAUAAGUAGAGUAUGCAUAUUUCUUUUUAACCUUAUGCUUCCCUCCUCCCUGUAGAAUUUCUCCCACAGAUUAGAGGUCAGUGGACAGGGGAGUGGGAACCACUCCACAAUGAACUAAGGGAAAAGUGAAACCAUCUUUUGCACCUUUGGGUGUUUCCAUACACCUGAACUAUGAUAGCAUUUUAAGCUUUGUAGCAUUUAUGGGAUUAGAAAUCUGUUUGUUGAUAUUUAUAAUAUAUGGAAAUGAAACAUGAUACUCUUCAGAUAAGUAUGUGAAAAUGUUUAUUUUUAAAGUUACUAAAUGCAUCUUGUCUAAUAUGCACUGUUCUUAAAAAAAGAGCCUUUUACCAUCUAUAAUCUGAAUUUUGGUUAUUCUUUCUUUGAUACUUUGCUUUGAAGUAUGGAAAUGUUACAGCAGACUCUCGCCUGUUACACAACACUGAACCUCAUGCCACCGCCACAGUGGUUAUUAUUUAGCCUCAGAAGUCAGGCUUGGAUCAUUUGAGUGGCAGCUAAUGGUAGAAGGAGUCUUACUCUCCCUUGUUUGGAUUCAGAGAUGAGCUAGGGUCAUCUUUUAAAAAUUUGCAGAAUGAUUAUGGUUAGUUAGUAAGUAAGUGUUAUAUUUGUGUAUUGCACAAAUACCUUGCCACCUUGUUCAUGCUAUCCUGAGGAGGACUCAGUUUGAACCCCUUUUAAAUCUGAUCUUAGAGGAAAAACCCAACCCCUUGGUAUGCUUUUGUCAACAUGGGAUAUACAGUGGCUAGGACCCUCCCCCAGAUGAACACUUUGCAGUAUUUUUAGGAGAAUGGUAUUCUGCUGUCCUUAGACUAGGGCUCUCAACUAGUUUCAGGGCAUUUGUUAAUGCUGUAUGAGAAAGAGAGUACCCACAUGGAAUAAUUUCCUCUGGACCAGUGAAUGGUCAAGAGGAUGGCAAGAUGUUCUCCCUUCUUAAAUAUUUCUGGGCUUUUAGUUUGUUUGUUGCCCUUUUUCUCUUUCAACAUGUUUCUGGCAGUUAAAAAAAGAAACUACUCAUCUAGGUCACUUUAUAAGAACAAGUUCAUGGAUGUUGAAGCUAAUUUUUCUCAGGGACUUGAAACCUGAAUUUGGAUGCAGUUCAAUUAAAAAAAUGUUUAUUUUUCAAUUGCUAGAUUUGUGGAUUUCUAGUCAUAUAUUAAACUGCCAGAAUGGAGGAUUAUCAGGAGGGGUGAGCUGCACAUUUGUAAGAUUGAAAAACAAGUAUGAGACCCUCCCUUUGGCAGAAAACUGCAGUUCUCAUUGAAUAACAGGCAUUGCUGACUUGUUAUGAUAAAGAAAUGGGGCCUUUAAGUCUUAAAAAAUUGUCAGAGCCAAGUGCUAUAAAUUCUUAUAUUGUGGUCACUGUGAUGUCAUCACAAAAUGAUGCUGCAUUACAGUCACUUAAGAUGUUUAACCUUAAGUCUCAAAUUUGUAUUUCCUAUUACUUCUCCUUUGCUUGUUUUCUUUGGUAUUGCCUCAAGGUAACCCUGAAUGGUAUCAGUGGGGUCACCCCAUAUUUACAGCUCAUACUUUUUAAGGUGAAGGAUAUUCUGUUUAUAUCACACAUUUCCCAAAAAAGCUUGAAUUUUUCAUUCUGCCCAUCAAAGCUAACACAUCCAUUUAAUUGUACACAUGUAAUGGAAAUUUUUUUUGAAUCACAUUGUAUAUCACAAAGUAAAAUAAACUAGCAAAUGAAGGAUUCAGGGAGAUUACAUGCUUAGUUUGUAAUGCACUUUGUACUUCCUGCCAUUUUAAUUAUUUUGCCACUCUGGGCUUCCCAAAACAUAGAUAAGCUCUCCAACUAGGGAUUUAAGGUUAGGGUAGGGUACUAGAGCUCUGUUUUCUUGUGCUUUGGAGAGCAGGAAUAGUUCUAAAGCUGCAGGUUAGCAAAGACUUCUGUUCCAUCUUCCAUCACAAUAGAAUUUCAGGGUCAGAAGCUCUGAGAGGAUGCCGAGAAGAGGAAGUCUCCCCAUAUCCUGUCCCCAUGCAACAGGCCUACGUCAGUGCCUGUGAGCCAUAUGUUGUUUUCAUUUUAAACUAUAAUGAAUGUUUUCACAAGCACUUUGGUUAAUUAGACGUAUUCUCAGGAUGUGUUUAAGCUAAGAGUGUUUUAAUUUUAAAAAAGAAACCGUUCAAAGGUGGCUUUUCUCAUCCUCUUUUCUUCCCCUUUUGCUCUUGUUGGAGAGCUGGGUAAGGAGCGUGCAUCAUACUCUGUUGACAAAUGGGUUAGAUCCACCCACACAUUAGUGAUGCGUUCCAAGCCCUAUUCCCCAGCAAAGUACUAGUCUUAGGGAGGCAGUUUAUUUGUAUUUGUAGGAGUUCUUUGUCUUUUUUGUGCCCCUAAUACUUUUAUUCAGUUUUCUCUGGAUCUGCUCCCACUUCUCUUUGGUUUCAAAAGGUCAUGGCAGAAUGAUGAUUGUGGGUCAACCUAUUGGGUUUUUUUGGUUUCGUGGCUGAAAUUGUUUUCAACUAAACCCCACCAUGGGGCCUGUUACCUUACUAAAUAUUUAUCAGCCCUCUUAAAUUCAUAAACGUUAUACCUUUUGAACCAAGUUAUUGUAUGUAUUUACCAGAGGAAAGGUGUGGGCUACAGAUUAGUAUUAUAUUUUAACGGAUUUAAAGUAAUUUAUAAGUAUAUUGAGUGUAAAUUUUUAAAGAACUUUGUAUUGUAAAGGGACAUAUUCUAUGAGUUAUAGUAUCAUUUUACUGUUAAACAGAAUAAUUCUCUAAGAAGAAUGACUUCUCAUCUACAGAACUGAUUACAUUCCUGAUGCAAUCAAUAGGCACUUUGUAAUUUCCUUUUGGGGUUUGUUUUGGGUUUUUUUCUGGGGGGGCGUGCAAGAUGUCACCUGUAUGAAGUACAGUUUGUGCCACUCAGAAUAUGCACUGUAUGGCUACACAGAAGCAGCUUGACGAACAAAUCACUCCAUGGCUCAUUAAAGAACAAAGCUUCCCAAA